AAGAAGAAAAAAAAAGAAAAAAAAGUUGGAGGCAAGGCAGCAGGGACCGUGGUCAAGGAUGGACGAGCAGCCUCGGUUGAUGCACUCCCACGGGGUAGGCAUGGCCGGACACCCUGGCAUGGCGCAGCAUAUGCAGGAUGGCACGGCGGGGACGGACGGAGAGGGACGAAAGCAGGACAUCGGAGACAUAUUACAGCAAAUAAUGACCAUCACAGACCAAAGCUUAGACGAAGCCCAGGCGAGGAAACAUGCACUGAACUGCCACAGAAUGAAACCUGCUCUCUUCAACGUCUUGUGUGAAAUCAAGGAGAAAACAGUGCUCAGUAUCCGUGGCGCCCAGGAGGAAGAGCCCCCAGAUCCUCAGCUGAUGCGACUGGACAACAUGCUGCUGGCGGAGGGCGUGGCCGGGCCGGAAAAAGGUGGCGGGUCGGCAGCUGCUGCAGCCGCUGCAGCAGCCACUGGCGGUAUUGGUGCUGACAACUCAGCAGAACACUCCGACUACCGUGCCAAGCUGUCUCAGAUCCGACAAAUUUACCACACAGAGCUGGAGAAAUAUGAACAGUUGGACAUCGUCCCGACUGGUGGUGGAUAUGGACAGAGGCAAAACUUUAAAAAAAAUGCGUGCAAUGAGUUCACCACCCAUGUUAUGAACCUGCUGAGGGAGCAGUCUCGCACACGACCCAUCUCGCCCAAAGAGAUCGAGCGCAUGGUCAGCAUCAUCCAUCGCAAGUUCAGCUCCAUCCAGAUGCAGCUGAAACAGAGCACCUGCGAGGCUGUGAUGAUCCUGCGCUCACGCUUCCUCGAUGCCAGACGAAAGAGGAGGAACUUCAACAAACAGGCGACAGAGAUCCUAAACGAGUACUUUUACUCCCACCUCAGUAACCCCUAUCCCAGCGAGGAGGCCAAAGAAGAGCUGGCUAAGAAAUGCAGCAUCACAGUCUCACAGGUAUCAAACUGGUUUGGGAAUAAGAGAAUCCGAUACAAGAAAAACAUCGGCAAGUUCCAAGAAGAGGCCAAUAUGUACGCAGCACGGACCGCAGUCAGUGCAACCAGUGUGUCUGCUCACGGCAGCCAGGCAAACUCCCCAUCAACUCCCAAUUCAGCAGGUUCUGCUGGCUCUUUUAACAUGUCAAACUCCGGAGACUUGUUCAUGAGUGUGCAGUCCCUCAAUGGGGACUCGUACCAAGGGGGGCAGGUUGGGGCCAACAUACAAUCCCAGGUGGAUACCCUUCGCCAUGUUAUCAGCCAGACCGGAGGAUACAGUGACAGCCUCGCAGCCAGCCAGAUGUACAGUCCACAGGGCAUCAACACAAAUGGUGGCUGGCAAGAUGCUCCGACUCCUUCGUCAGUGACAUCGCCCACAGAAGGACCCGGAAGCGUUCAUUCGGAUACUUCCAACUGAAUAAAUCCAUCUCUACACCUCAUCUACAAAAAAACAUGGACUGACCUUGCAAUUCACAGUAUUAAACAAAGGAAUUCACUGCCCAACAGUUUGGAGAGGUACUGUGAAAUCCUAACCAGAAAAAAAAGUAAUAUUUCCUCUGCUUCUAACGUUGGACAUUUGGGAUACAAACAAAACGUUUCACAAUAAAAAUCAAAACAAUACCGCAAUCAUUGAAGGCGUUUGUACAGAUUUCACAUUAUAUUCAGAGGGCUGGGGUUGCUUAUUUACUCGUAAUGUUUUCACUCAUUAUGAUGAAAUGAUAUUAUAAAAGUAAAUAAAUCAAAUCAUUGGAUUUUAACUGAAAAUACUUCAUUCUACCUCUCAGCCACUAAAAAAAAUUUAAAAAAUAUGUCAGUGACCAUUAUUUGUUUUGUAAAAAUGAAACUUGUCUUUGCAAGCAGGAGGCACAUCUUCUUACUUACAUUUUGUUGUCUCUCACCUAUUCUAUGGUACGCCAUUUAGACUUAAAUAUUGCUCAGUUGUUUACAAUGUGUGCUUGAUAAAAGUAUGUUCAUCUUCCCCUCUGUCUCCGACAAGUCAAAACACAGUUCUGUCAGGAGAAUUUACCUCUUAGGUAACCCUGUGAAGUAUGUUAUCUGUAAAACAAUAAAUAAAUACUUGUCAUCAAAUCGGACAAACUUGACAUCAUUCAUUAAGAUGGAGGAUACAUAAAAACAAUUCUUUUUUCACACUGUUGGUUUUGUUUCUGUAGCAUAUUGGUAGAGUGACAGACAUAUAAUUGCAAUGAGAAAAACAGAAGUGUUGCUCUAUAAUGGACAAGGA